AUGGCCGACUCAGUUGAUCGUGUGUUUGUGCACGCCCUCAACACCGUCAAGAAGAUCCCACGCACCGGUUCUGCUCGGCCACCACCGGCCGACCGCCUACGCCUGUAUGGAUUAUACAAACAAGCUAUGGAGGGGGAUGUGGAUGGCGUGAUGGAUAGGCCGGGUGGUGGAGGAUACACGAAGGACGACGACACAAUUAGGGAGCAGGAGAAGUGGGAUGCAUGGGAUGCACAAAAGGGUGUUAGCCGGACAGAGGCUAAGAGGAGGUAUAUCGAAGCAUUGAUCGAGACUAUGCACCGUUAUGCGAGUACGACUUCGGACUCGAGGGAGCUAGUAGCUGAACUAGAGUUCGUCUGGAACCAAAUUAAACAUAAUAGCGCGAGCUCGUCGAAUUCGUCGCCACCCCGCGAAGGCUCGGGACGCAGAUUUACGGCGCCCAUGUCAGGUAGCGAGGGUCCGAUGAAAGUGUUAAGCCCCAUGUCGCAAGACGAUGAGGCGGACAGGGAACACGUACGGCGACUUGUUGAGGAGGAGGAUGGGUUGGACGAGGACAUCCAAGACGCGGACAGGGCGAAGGGGACGCCCUGGAGGACGAAGGUCGAGUCGACGUUAGUGAAGAUGACUACCGAGGUAGCAGCUCUGCGGGAGCAGAUUGCCUCGGGGAGGGAGUGGAGGGACAAGAGACGACGCACGAUUGGCGCGUGGCUGGGCUGGCUGCUAUUUGCCGCCUUAAAGCAGGUGGCUUUCGAUGCGUUCUUCCUGAUGCUGGUUCUAAUUUGGAUGCGGAAGAAGAAGGAUCGCCGACUCGAGGAUCUAGUGCGGGAGUUUCUCCGACAGGGAAGAGCCUACAUACGGCAAUUCUUACCGCCUCGCUGA